AUGAAGUUCUCUACUGUUGCUUUCGUUAUGGCCUCAUUUGGUGCAGCUAAUGCCCACUUCCGUCUAAACUAUCCCGGCCCUCGAGGUGCAUUUGUUGCCGACAAAGAGCCAGAAUACUGUGGCGGAUACACUGAUGUCACUACUAACCGUACGACCUUCCCACUUUCCAAUGGGUUCUUCAAGAUUGAAACUGGCCAUCCUGGCUGGACUGCUGCUGUCAUUAUCUCUACCGCUGAGAACCCAAAUUCAUUCGAUCUCUUCAGUAAAGAUGGUGAAAGGCAGUUUGUUCGUCAAUUCGCCAAGGAGGACGAUGCUGGAGCUUUCUGCAUUCCUUUAAAUAUCUCUGCCGCCAACAUCGAGGGUGUCCGUGAUGGAUCGAACGUUACUAUCCAAGUGGUGUUCGAUGGUGGAGAUGGUGCCCUGUACCAGUGCGCUGACCUUACACUAUCGGCCAACCUUACCGAAGUUUCCCCCGACAGUACGUGCACCAAUGCUACUUCGGACGGACACCACCACAAUGACGACGAUGACGAUCACAACCAUGACGACGACAAAUCCGGUGCUCUCUCUCUCUUGCAUGGUUCUGCGGUUUACACCUCUCUGGCCCUUGGUGUGAUGGGCGCUGUUGUAGCGCUUCUUGCGUAUUUAAGGCUCGAAGCACUCUUCGAUAACGUUCAGCUCACAGCUCAGAAAUCUCGCAACGAAGAAACGAUCAUGCGCUCUUCUGUAGUCCUCCUCGCUUGUUUCCUCACUCUCGUGACUGCCCACUUUCAGCUGCAAUUCCCACCACCGAGGGGUCCUUUUGUGGAAGACGACGAAACGAAUUUUUGCGUGUUCCCAUUGAGCGGUGGGUUCAUCACGUUGACUUCGGAGCACCCCAGUUGGACUGUUGGUUUCCAAAUUGCUACUGCUGACGAUCCCAACACUUUCGAUGAUUUCCAGCUCGUCAACAAUUUCGCCGAAGUCAAAGGCGAAGGUGCUUUUUGCCUACCCUUGGAUUUCAAGUCUUCGAACGCAACCGGGUUGACGAAUAACCAAAAUAUUACUAUUAUGAUCAUAUUCUCUGGAGGGGAUGGCAAUCUUUUCCAAUGUGCCGAUUUGAUGCUGAGCGAUAGUGAGAAGAUAUCCUCUGACGUUACAUGCUCAAACGGUACAUCUUCGUCCUCUGGCCCGAAUUCGGGCACAAAUCCCAGCAGCACUGGUACAUCCGGCUCCAGUACCCCUUCCCCGACAUCUCAUGCUCUUCCCAUCUCUUCACUUAAUCUAGCUAUUCUGAGCAUUCUGUCUGCUGUGAUUGUGUUGACCUUUUUAUGA